AUGUCCAAUAUUCCAGUCAAUGCUCGAUGGACACAGAAUGGAGUGACCGUUGCUGGAGGCCAUGGACCAGGCAAGUCUACCAAUCAACUCUGCCACCCUUGGAGUCUCUACAUUGACGAUGGUCAAACGAUGGUCAUCGCUGACACAUACAAUCAUCGUAUCGUCCAAUGGAAGAUGGGUGAUCCAAAUGGACAAAUUGUAGCUGGUGGUCAUGGCCAAGGAAAUCGAUUGGAUCAAUUCUUUUGGCCAAGUGAUGUGUUGAUUGACAAAGAGACGGAUAGCUUCAUUAUUUGUGAUCGGGGAAAUCGACGAGUCAUACGAUGGCCUCGUCGUAAUGACACAGCUCAAGGAGAAAUCCUUAUACACAACAUUAGUUGUUCUGGAAUGGCUCUGAAUGAUCAGAUAUAUCUCUACAUCUCUGACACUGACCAACAUGAAGUGAGACAAUAUCAAAUAGGAAACCAGAAUGGAACUAUCGUCGCUGGUGGUAAUCGCCCAGGCGCUGGCCUCAAUCAACUCAAAACUCCUACCUAUGUCUUUGUCGAUCGACAACAGGCUGUCUACAUUUCGGAUAACAAUAAUCAUCGUGUAAUAAAAUGGGAUAAAGGUGCACAAGCAGGAGUAGUCGUCGCUGGAGGUCAAGGCAAAGAAAAUGCUCUAGCACAAUUGUUGUUUCCUCAAGGAUUGUUCGUCGAUACAUUCGGUACCCUCUAUAUAGUAGACACGCAAAAUCAUCGAGUGAUACGUUGGCCUAAAGGAGCGAAAGAGGGCACUGUUAUUGCAGGUGGAAACGGUUUAGGAGCAGGAGCAAACCAGUUGAAUCAACCCGUGGAUUUGUCCUUCGAUCGAUAUGGCAAUCUCUAUGUCGUUGAUUUUGAAAAUCAUCGUGUACAACGUUUUUCUAUCAAAAAUACUCAAAACAAUGGCUAA